CUACGAGCUAUCUACAAUCUGUCUCACAAUUUUACCAAGUCCUAUCCACGUUUAUCACUAUCUCUUUGAUUUAGCGUCAAGAUGAACACCUCAAACUCACUCCUCGAGCUUGCUGACAUCAUAAAAUGUCAAUCAAGCGCGAUAUACGAUUUACUAAACGAGAUGAACGUCCCUCAACCUUCAUUUUCUUACCCCACUUCGCCUGAAUCAUCUAUGACCGUUAAAAUCAUAGAAGACCGUCGUUCAUGUCUUCUUGAAGCUCUAGAUGACCUAAGAGCUCUCAUUCUCGGACCGGAGGCCUAUAUCUUCCAUACGGCGAUGCUUAGCCCUUCAUGGACAGCUACUUUAAAUGUACUGUACAGAUACAAGGUCGCAUACCACGUUCCGAAGGAUGGCUCAAUAUCAUAUUCUGAGCUUUCAAUGCAUUGCGGCUUAGCAGAGCCUGACACUGUACGCAUUAUACGAGCAGCAACAUCCCUGAGAAUAUUUGAAGAAGAUCCGAUUGGGUUCGUAAAGCACAAUGCAGCUUCAGCAAUUCUGGCAACUAGUCCAGCCCAUGAUGCAAUAGGCUUCGCCACAGAAGAAUAUAGCCCCGCAGCUUUAAUGUACGCUGAAUCACUUCAACGAUUCCCCAAUUCUAACAAGGCCGGCGAAUCGCCAUGUGCAAUUGUCAACGGAAGCAUUGGGGAUCGGGAUAUAUUCUCCCUGAUCGCUCACGAUCCUUCUCGUGUUGACCGUGUCGCUAAUGCUAUGACUUGGGUGUUAGAUGUACCCGAGACAUCGGCAGACCAUUUUCUGAACAACGUGCCAUGGUUGCGCGUAGGUGGAGGACGGCAUUACCAGUGUCCGAAAAUUGUGGUUGACGUCGGCGGCUCUCGUGGGGGUCUUUGUGAGACCCUUCUUACCAGGUUUCCAAGUAUUGAACAGGCAAUAGUUGAAGAUCUCCCAGAAGUUACCGAGAAGAAUCUUGAGCGCCAGAUCCCUGAAGAGGUCUCGGGUCGCAUCAAAUAUCAAGCCUAUGACUUCUUCACCGAACAAGUCAUCAAGAAUGCCGAUGUGUACAUAUUCCGGACGGUAAUCCAUGAUUGGCCAGACAGCUACGCAAUCAAGAUACUUCGCAAUCAGAUACCAGCGUUGAAACAAGGUGCCAUUAUUCUCAUUAAUGAUAUCUGUAUCGAGCCAUCUCAAUGGAAACCGUGCAUCAAAAAUCAAACCCAGAGUGCACAUGACAUAAUGGUAAAGAUGGCACUCAAUGCGAAGGAGAGAACGAAGCGGGAAUGGGAAGAGCUGCUAUUAGCGGCGGACGAAGGCUUCAGGAUUGCAUCCAUUGUGUCACCAGCCAACUCUGCACAUUCUAUCAUAGAGAUAGUCUGGGAAGGGGGGUUAAACCAAGCAUGAAGGCAACGAUGAUG